GAAGAAAAGAGCCACAGUGCUGAACCACAGCCAGCCCUCUGACCAGCAAAGACAAGAGGAUAUUUGCCUGUAAGAAGAUAGAGAGCACCUGCUGACAACAUCAAAGAAGUUGAAACCAUGUCUUUUAAAAACAUUCCUGUAGUUUAAGUUGAAAUUCAUUUUCUUGGACCUUGCCAACAACUGUCUUGGAGAGUAUUAGAGUUCAAUGGCUUUUUCUGGCAGGGCAAGCUUGUACGAGCCAAGGGCAGAAGGUUGUAUGGGAGUGCAGAACCGUAUGCCAAGUUUAGUUUUGUUGAAUUGAGAUACUACUAGUGCACAGAAAAAGAUAAUGGCAGAGAUAAAGGCAAGACCAGCAGCUGCACAAAGUGGAAGGAGAACUGAAAGGUAGGUGUUAGUCUGCUGAUAAAAACAAAAACAAUGUCAGCCACCUUCCAAGAUGGAGUAGGUUCAUGGCAGGGCAGAACCCACACCCACGUAACUUCUACAAUCUUUCCUUGAUCUCUGAGGUUCAAAGUGAGGGUCAGAACAUGCACUCUGUUGAAAUCAGCCUUUUGCAAAACCGUAGUAUGACUGUCCCUGGUGAAUACAUGUCCUACCUCUUCUGCUCACCCUUCAGCACACAUCUAACAAAAUUUUCUUCAGGAGCAAAAUAUUACUGACAUCAAUUUGUUCCUGUUUGCAAAAAUCUGUAGUUUUUGCUGCAGGACUAUUGUGUCAACACAAUUUAAGAUGCCUCCAACCAAGCAUAAAAUGAUAUAUAAAACAGGUUGAGACUGGAUUAGGAAGGUACUGUCUGUGACUUCAGAUGAAGUGGAUUACUCUGUUCCUGCAAUUCAGUAAGACACAUCAUAAAUAUUCAGAUUACAUGCGUUAUUGGUUAUGUUAUUGUACUGACAUUCCACGUAUACUUUACUUCAUCCCAUACUGCUUCUAAACAAAAAUGUCUUUCACCCUCCAGGAGGAAGGAAGUGCAGAGUAAAAGCAACGCUGAAAGAUGUUCUUGCAGAUGCCCUGCGAGAUUAUAGAUGUGUACUGAACCCUCGGUGCCCUGCGAUGCGCUAGUCAUGCUCUCGGGUAAGGACACCCAACAUACACUUGCCAGCAAGCAGUGACAUGCUCGAAGGGUGGCAUCUGCUAACUCAGCUCCUAGCUUGCACCAAAUGGAACAGUCCUCCCAGAGGAAAUACUGAGUGACCCGAACUGAUGGAGAAAAGUCAGUGCCUUUGAAGGCUUCCACAGGCAGAUCAUGUUUAGGGACAUCCUACUUGUAGAUGUGGCAGCCUUGCAGAUGGAAUCUACCUUGCUGGACAUUGUACUGCUGCCAUAAACAGAGGCAUCAGGGGGCUGAGGCUGCUCCCACAGUCGAACAACCUCUACAUUUCUAGGUAUCUGGAGACAUGUUUGUAUCUCAUUGUCAUCUCAUUGUGCCCAUGUCGCUGUUGGCCUGUAUACCAUCAGCUCUGCUCUUCAUGGGGUAAACUCAUUUUUCCAUCCUCAGUCUCCCCAAGGACCGUGGUGGCAGUGGGGCAUGUGGGGUCCAACCACCUCCUGGGCAGAGACCUUUGUUUGAUACUGCUGUCAGCAAAGAGCAGCCAACAAACAGCUCCUGUUCCAUCACAUUUCUUUCCCCUCCUGGACAGAGUGUGCUUUUCCUCUUUCCCACUCAGUGCUCCAUGGCUAUCUCCCUUGAUACCCACCUCAAGCCAUGGGGAGGGGACCAGUGCCAGGAUCCUUGGGCUUUCCAACACAUAUGUGUAAAUUCUGGAUUUUAGCCCACAGCUUCAAGAACUUCUGUCCCAAAUGUGAUGACAAAAAUCUCAUUAAUUUCAAAGAAAGUUAGACUGGUCCUAAUGGGGAACUCUGUUUUCCUAAGGAUUAAAUGUUUGUGGGCUUCCUUGUAAAGUUAGUCUUGGAGCUGCAGUCCUAGUGACCUGGAUGUUAGGGCAUAGGUGAAUUCUUGUUACUCAUCUAGCCCAUGAUUUUACUGUUUGUCAGUGAAGGGUCUGUCCACUUGUCAUCUGAUUGUGCAAAUCACCUUCCAUGUGAGUCGGGAUUUAAGUUUCGCUGUUUUUCAGUGUCUGACUAUGUGCAGAGGGAGUUGUAGUCAUUUUUUUUUUCCAUGGGAACUUCCUUUCUCUAAACACCACCCCUUGGCAGUGGACCUGCUGACACCUCAGAGCAAGACACAGAUAAAAAGGGCAGCCUGUCUUCCUUCUCCUCAGUCAGAAGCAAGCGACAGAGACUACUCAGGAGCUUGGAAGCUGCUGGCAUCGCAGGCAUCUCGGGUAGAAACUCUGACAAGAACCAUGAGCAGCUUUGGUGAGGCUGGUCUGAAGGCCACUGGGAUUGACCUUCUCAAGAGCCAGAACACCCGCGAGCACCACACAGAUGGGUACAACAUCAAGAACCUGGUGGUGCGGCGCGGGCAGCCCUUCCAGGUGCAGGUCAGCCUCAACAGGGAGCUGAGGGCUGGCGACAAGCUGUCGCUGCGUUUUGGCAUCGGUGAAAAUCCAGCAAAAAUCAGGGGGAGCCUGAUGUCGCUGAAACCGGAGAAGGAGCUGGAUUUCAAUGGGUGGAAAAUCUCCAUUGUCAAGAAGAACGGCAAAGAGUGCCUGCUGUCUGUCACCAGCGCACCCAAUGCCCCCGUGGGAAAAUACACCCUGCACGUGAAGACUGGGAGUAACAUUUACAAGCCUGAAAAUGGUGUCAUCUACCUCUUGUUCAAUCCCUGGUGUAAAGAUGACACCGUCUUCAUGGCUGAUGAGGCAAAGAGAAAGGAGUAUGUGCUCAACGACACAGGCUACAUCUAUGUUGGGUCUGCAUACAGCAUAUAUGAUAGGCCCUGGAAUUUUGGGCAGUUUGAGGAAUUCAUCUUGGAUGCCUGCAUGUAUCUACUGGACAAAAGCAAACUCAGCCUGUCCCACAGAAGGGAUCCUUCAUAUGUGUCCAGAGCCAUGUCUGCUUUGGUUAAUGCCAAUGAUGACAGCGGCGUCCUGCUGGGGAACUGGUCAGGGAAUUACAGAGGAGGGACGGCCCCCAUGGAUUGGAUCGGGAGUGUCACAAUUUUGCAGAACUAUUACAAAACUAAGAAGCCGAUCAGUUAUGGCCAAUGCUGGGUCUUCGCAGGAGUCCUCAAUACAGUCAUGCGUUGCUUGGGAGUCCCAUCCCGCUGCGUGAGUACCUUCAACUCAGCACACGAUACGGAGGAGAACCUGAGAGUUGACAUUUAUUUGAAUGAAGCAGGAGAGAAGCUGAACUGGAUGUCUCUCGACUCUGUCUGGAACUUCCACGUAUGGAAUGAUGUCUGGAUGAAGCGGACAGACCUGCCAGAUGGGUUUGAUGGCUGGCAGGCAAUUGAUUCAACCCCUCAGGAGCAAAGUCAAGGUGCUUUCCAGUGUGGUCCGUGCCCGGUGAAGGCUGUCCGAGAAGGAGAUGUGUAUUUGCCCUACGAUGGCAAGUUUGUGUAUGCAGAGGUGAAUGCUGACAAAGUCUACUGGAUGGUCAAGAAGGUGAACGGCAAGGAUAAGUACAUCAGGGUUACUACGGAGACCCAGGACAUCGGCAGAAACAUCAGCACAAAAGCCGUGGGGCAGAACAAGCGGGAAGACAUCACCUUGGAGUACAAGUACCCUGAAGGCUCCAAAGAGGAAAGGAAGUCCAUGGAAAGAGCUUGCAGCUUCAUACGCCCUUCGGGACUGGUUCCUCGUUCAGGCUACGCUUCAACUGUGGCGGAACAUAGUAGGACAGUAGGCAAGCCUGUGGUCCUGCAUGAAACAGUCACCAAGACUGGGCUCCGCCUUGAGAUAACCAACACGGAAGCCUUGCAUCCUGGCAAUCCCCUUGAAAUGGCCAUCACAGUGAAGGCCUCUACUCCUGGGAACUGGACCAUUGAUCUUGCUGGCUCUUGCCAGCUGCAGUACUAUACUGGAAAAGUUCAGGCCAACCUUGGAACUAUCAAGGAGACCAUCAAUCUUGAAGGCGGAUCUGAAAGGCAGAUCCCUCUGAAAAUAGCACCUGACGCGUAUAUGAAGACAUUGGCCUCAGUGGACGACGAAGUGCUCAUCCUUGUCACCGCCAUUGCUGAGGUCAAGGAAACAAAUGACAAACUCACCAAGGAGACGUCGAUGAGAUUUGAGUACCCCCCCAUCACUGUGCAGAUGCCAGAAAUAGCCAAACUGAACAACGACUUCACCUGUGCCUUCAUCUUCAAGAACAAGCUGAACGUGGCCCUGGAAAACUGCAAGCUGCUGGUGGAGGGCUUGGGCAUAUUUAAGAUGACAACGUUUGAUCAGGGGGAUAUAAUGCCUGGCAGGAUCAUGAAGUCUGAAGUAAUAUGCACUCCGACAAGACUAGGAGAGAAGAAAAUAGUAGCCAAGCUGACCUCAAACCAGAUCAAAGGGAUCUCUACAGAGAAGGGCAUCACCAUCAUCGAGUAGGAUCGGUGCCUCGGUGGGGUGCCAACAGUGGCCUUGCUUAAACGCGUCGCAUCGCUGGGUGUCUCAGGCACUUCUUGCCUCCUUGAUUGCUGGAUAGUACUUUCAAAGUAAAGAGCAGAAAUACCAUUAAGCUAAGGAAUUAGCCUGACUUAAAAGGGCACAGUUGCAUUGAUUGCAGUUAAUUGUGAUUCAAUAAAGAUUGUU